GUCGGGCGUCGCGACACCGACGCUCCGCCAGCGCAUACGCGUCGAUCUACGCGCGAGUUUCUUUCGCAAUUUUUUUUUCCGAGUUACCGGUGAACAUGUGAAUUUUGUUUGUGAUUAUUUGUGUUUUUUUUAAUACGUGUUUGUGAUAGAGGAUUUAGGACGGUAAAAUGACGUUGUUGUGUUGGAUUUUCGAAGUGGUGAUCGUCUUGGGAUUGCUCUUGAUUGCCGAUGUGUUGACGCUACAGAACGUUCUGUUGUCGAUCGAGCCGAAGGUGGUACCGGUGGGGCAAAGUUCCACGUUGAUAUGCACGUACGAUCUGCAAGAUGACGCCUUGUACACUGUGAAAUGGUACCGGGGCAGGUACGAGUUCUACAGGUACACGCCCAGCGAGUACCCCAACAGCAAGAAGAUAUUUCCUUACAAAGAAAUCAACGUCGAUGAAGAAGCCUCGAAUUCCACGCAAGUCGUCCUGAGGAACAUCGAUUUCGUCCUUUCAGGAAACUUCACCUGCGAAGUCACCACUGACGCGCUACAUUUAACUACCCGUUACGACAUCAAACCCAUGCUCGUCAUACAGCCGCCCGAAACGGCUCCGACAAUUAGCGUGUUCGGGGAGCCCUUGGAUUACGGGGAUUUAUUGAGAGCCAAUUGCUCGAGCCCUCCGGCUAGGCCCAGGGCUAGUUUGACGUUUUUCCUCAACAAUUACACGGUGGCCACCAGCGAGCCCCUCCUGCCCCAUCACUACCAGCGCUCCGAAUGGAGCGACCUGGGCCUGGUGAUCCGCCUCUACGCCGAGCACUUCGACGACGGCCGUCUGAUCCUCCGGUGCGUCGCCGACAUAGAAAACGUCUACCACGAGGAGGCCGUGCUGAAGCUGGGCAGCGCCCGAGAACCCGUCCCUGAAAGAGUGAGCGCGCAAAACGCCGGAAUAACUUCUUCGCUGCGGGCGAUGCUCCGGCUGGUCGUUUUCCUCGAAAUAAUAUUAUUGAUGUCGAUAUUAUAGGGUAAUUGAUUAUUGAUGAUGUAAAAUGUAUUAUACACAACGCUCUCUCUUUUCGAAUCCGGUCGAAAUUCGGAUUGCGUUCGCGUUCGUAUUUUUCGAUCAAAAGUUAAUUGUACAGGAUGUAGUGAAUAAAUUCAUUUUUUUUUCAAGUAGAUUUUGAGGUGUUAAUUUUGGUUUUUUUCUUAUUUUU